UUUAGGGAUGAAGUCAUCUCGGCAGGAGAGCUGUUCAGCCUGCAGUCACCUUCCCGGCCAGGGAACGGCUCCUGAAUCCUGUUCCCUCACUGAAUCCUCCCGGACAAGUUGUCCUGUUGCAGGGGUGAUGAAGGUAACAAUGCCUGUGCCCAGCAUGACUUUGGUGUGAUAAAAAUGUAUAUGGCAUUUGGAAUUUAUUUGCUUAGCAGGCUCUAUAUACUGUUUUGAGUUCAUUUUUUUUUCAGCUUCCCUCUCGGAACAAUUCUACAUGAAAGGAGAGGAAAGUUUCUUUCCUUCGGCUCUAUAGUGGAUGUUAGUUCAACAAACAGAGUUACCCUAAAUGUCGGAUACAAUCUCCGCUUUAAUAUAUACAAAUGGGCUUUGAAUUGAGGGCAUUAUUGGUUUUGAUGCUAAACAAAGUACCCGAACAGCUGGGCGCUUGCGCUUGUUAUUGUCUUUUUUGUUAGCAAAACAAACAAGUUUAAAUGGGUUCUGCUAUUGUCCUUCUGCAACACAAUGUGUGUUUAUGUGUCAACAAAAGCUUUCUGAAACACUAAAACUCUCGAUUAUUUAUAUUUUCUAAAUAACAAAGUCUGUGUGGGGCAUGUGAGUAAAGAUUUCCCAAAGAAACACCAUCUCAUAUUAUCAUUAUAUGGUUUUUAAAUCGAUACAGUACCGGACGUCUCAUCUUCAUCAUCAUUUACGCGCCACAAGUCCUUUAAAAAACGCCUGUUUGUUCCCCAUCUGAUGUAUGUUUGCAACACGAGCCCAUUAUCAUACAGCUGUGCAGUUAUCUCUCCUGCUCCGUCUUCUCUGGCUUAAACAAACAAACAAAUCAAGAAAGGAAGAAGGAUGAUGUCACACGCUCGAGAGGCACGUGGAGCUUCCCGGAGCGUAAACGCGCGCACAAUCCGGAUGAUCCAGUUUAUUUACAGUUUAAUGUGCCGUUGAAUCCCAGUCAAGGGUUAAUUUACAUUGAUCACCUGCUUUUCCUUUCACCAUUUCAAUGUGGCUCUGCAACACGCUGUUCAUAUUUGGCUAAAAACACAAUGGGCGAUGGUGAUGUUCUCAGGCAGAGGGAAGUUGCCGAGGAGAGGGGGCGGUGUUUAUUGACUGACUGGCGUGCGUAAUGGUACCACACUGCGGUAUAUAAACUGGGAGGGACGUCUGACACCCCUCACUGGGAGCCAGUAUGCGCUGAUGCUCCGCCACAUGCUCGCAUCACUGUCGGCAGCACAAGUCUCGCAUCCGCACAGCAAACUCAAACCACAUCUGACCGGAACGAUGGAUGGACAACAUAAAGACCGCAGACAGAGUCACUUGUGGAUAUUGACGUUACUGAUACGUGUCUAACCUCCAGCACUGGAUAACUGCUUUUCUCUUUCUUCCUCUGGAUACGGCUUGUGGAGCUGGAUCUUGUCACACAGGCUUCGGAAGGAGGAUUAUAUUUAUUCCGAUUACGUUAUUUGUCGUCACUCCGAUUUUUUUUUGGGCAUCACCAUUUGGAAUAGGAGCGUUUUUUUGGGGGAGGACAAACAUAUUUUUUAAGGAUACGCACAUUAAACUCUAAAGAAUGGCCGUUUGGUUCCCACUUGUCCUCGCAAUAGUUGUAUCUUCAUUUACUCAGGUUCUGGGAUCAGGCGUGUUCGAAUUAGAUCUCCAUCACUUUCAGAAUACUAAAGGUUUGCUGGCAAAUGGACUUAGUUGCAGCAUGACCGGCUGCAGGACUUAUUUCAGGGUUUGUUUGAAGAACUUCCAGACCGUGGUGUCUCCUGGAGACUGUUUAUUUGGCAAAGUCACCACACCUGUUCUGGGCAGCGACUCCUUCAGCGUCAAGCGGGACGCCGUGCUGCGUCUGCCGCUCAACUUCACCUGGCCGGGUGCUUUCUCGUUGCUGAUCGAAGCCCGGUAUUCUCCCGCAGCGGUCCCACCUGCAGAUACCACCAACCCCGAAUCCUUGAUCAGUUCUUUUGACAUCAAAAGGAAGCUGGGAAUAGGGCACGAGUGGACCCCGGAGGUGCAGAGGGGGUCGCAGACGGAGCUGAGGUACUCUUACCGCUUCAUCUGCAGCGAGCAUUACUACGGGGACACGUGCUCCAAAAUAUGCGCUCCGAGGGACGACCACUUCGGCCACUACACCUGCAGGCCCGACGGGCAAAUCGCCUGUCUGCCCGGAUGGAAGGGAGAAUACUGCCAAGAACCCAUCUGUCUCGGAGGAUGCAACGAAAGGAACGGAAACUGCACCUUACCUGGCGAGUGCAAAUGCAGAAAAGGCUGGCAGGGGCCCUUUUGUGAUGUGUGUAAACUCCAUCCAUCCUGUAAACACGGUACCUGUAAAGAGCCGUGGCAGUGCACCUGCAAGGAGGGCUGGGGAGGCAUCUUCUGCGACCAAGAUCUGAACUACUGCACCCAUCACAAACCCUGUGCCAACGGCGCCACGUGUAUGAACACCGGCCAGGGCAGUUACACCUGCGCCUGCAUGCCCGGCUUCAACGGGGUUAACUGUGACUUGGAGGUUAGGGAGUGUGAUAGCCAGCCCUGUCGCAAUGGAGGCCACUGCCUGGACUCUAAGAACGGCUAUAGGUGUGCGUGUCCACGAGGGUUCGAAGGGACACACUGUGAACACAGGAUGCUGACCUGCGCAGAUGCACCCUGCUUUCACGGUGGCGAAUGCAGAGAGCACGACAACGGAAACACUUACAUAUGCGAGUGUCUGCCGGGCUACACCGGACUUAACUGUGAGAGGAAAGUGGAUAAAUGCACCUCGCUGCAAUGCACCAAUGGCGGCCAUUGCGUGAGCCACGGUGCCCUCCGACUGUGCAGCUGCCGCUCGGGCUUCGCGGGUCUGCGCUGCGAGGUCAACAUCAACGAGUGCGCCCGGGACCCCUGCGCCAACGGCUCCACCUGCGUGGACGGCAUCAACGACUACACCUGCGCCUGCCCGCCGGGCCGCACGGGCCGCCACUGCGAGAAGCCCGCCGACCGCUGCGCCUCCCGGCCCUGCCUGAACGGCGGCACCUGCACCGCCGGAGCCGAGGGCCGGCCCGCCUGCGCCUGCCCCGGCCGCUACGUCGGCCCCCGGUGCCAGUCCAGCGCCGCGCCUCCGCCCGUCACCCCAAGCCCGAACGUAGGCUGGGAGGCCGGGGACCAGCUGAGCCUGGCGGCCGUCUGCCUGGGCGUGGGCCUGGUGGCGGUUCUGGCGCUCCUCUGCGCGGCGGUGGCGUUAAUACGGCACGUGAGGAAGCGGAGGAGGAAGGAGCAGGACUCGGAGACCAUGAACAACCUCUCCAAGGUGGACUUUCAGAGAGAGAACCUCAUCUCUACUCUGGAGCUCAAGAACACCAAUAAAAAGGUGGAUUGCGAGGUGGAUUGUCCCAGGGAAAAGUCUAAUCACAAAUACAUCAACCACUACCACCUGGACUAUAAAACCUCCCCCGGGUACAAGGACGACAUGUCCCUUUGUAGAAACAGGUAAAACUGUGAAAAGACAAUAGAAGAGAAAAAGCAUUUGAGUCGAAUGUACAGAGAAAGGCCAGAGUGUAGAAUAUCAACGAUAUGUUCUUCCAGCAAUUCGAUGUACCAGUCUGUGUUUGGAGCAGAGGAGAAAAACGAAUGCAUCAUUGCAACCGAGGUAUAAUAAAAUGAAAAUGAUCAUCCACGGUCAACUUUGGAUUUCUUGUGGACUGUUUACAAGUGUGGAGAGACUGGGAUUUAUUUAAAUGGGAGUUGCUGCUUUGAAAACCUGACAACUGGAUGGAGCAGGUGUUGCUCCUCGGAACAAUCAAACGAACUGAAGCUACUAAUCUCGGUGAGAAUGUAAAGACUAAAAAGACUUUGAACAAUCAGCAAAUCUUACUUGUGGAUGCGCCUUUCGAUUGUUUUGGACACAAACCCAAACGGGCAACAUGCCAGGAUGUUCACGCCCGCGUGUUGAUUAGAGGACUCUCUUCUCUCCACCUUGUUGCAGUAAUCAGCGAUCAACAAAUACAAAUUGCUGCCAACGAACCUGCUGAGGGAGGUUUCGUUUGUGGCCUGCAAUGCGCUAUGCAAACAAACAAACAAAAUCAGCAUUGAGCUCAAUCAGAAAGGGACUAAAACUACUGAAAACGGUUCAUUUGUGAAGGAUAAAGGGUUAUGAAAUUUGUUAAUCAAUUUUUGUAUGAAGAAUGUAUGCAGCCUUGAUCACAAAGCCUUAUAUAUAUAUAUAUCAUGUGUGUUUAAAAACCUUGUGCCCCGCCUUAUCUUGAGUCCUUUGCAAAGCAACAUGAAUAUAUCAAAUGAUGCAAUGUGCUGCAGCGCCGUGCAGGGAAACUCGCUUUACCAUAUGCAAAGAAACACAUGAAUCGACUAUCGUACCAAGGACGCCUUCAGAGGAAAUUACUAAACCAUUAAUGUUAUUUUGUAAGAUUAGUAUUUCAUUAGUAAUUUAAGCAUAUGAAGCACUAGUUUCCUCCUUCUGUGUUUAAUAAGAUUAUUUUGUAUAUAGUGUAUAUUUAUAAGUAUGGAUUGUACAUCUGUUUUUAAGUUGAUGCCCAGAAAAAAGGUGAAUUUAUUUUUAAAGCGUCGUGGGUGUUUUAUUUGUAUUAUUUUUUUGUUAUAAAAAGAAACAAUGAACACAUAUCUGGUACACGGUUUGUUUUUGUUGGUCCAGUGUACAUGCGUGAUUUAAAUGUUGAGAUCGUUUAGAUGCUCAGCUGCCGUCGAGGUGGCCUCAUUGUGUCUAGAUACAGAACUAUUAGGCCUCGUAGCUUUUCUGAUGGUUGUGCAUGACGUCUGUAACGCUGUGAUGUGAAAUCAUAAUGCGAGCAGGAAGGAUUUAGGCUACCCAAACGAAAAUAGACAUUUUGAAAAGAAACAUCUGUAAAUGAAAAUAAAGAGUCCUCGGGGCCUUUCUGCAGCACGUGACGGCUUCUCCAAA